UUGCUAAAUAUAUUUAGAAAUUAAAUUUUAUUUUGGAAAUGGAAACUCACAAUCAUUUCUCUCUUCCAGGCUCAGAAAAACGAGAGAAUCAAAUUCAAAAGAUUUUACUCAAGUACACACAACAAAACCAACCCCCUAAGAAAGACUUGAUUGAACCAUACGUUUAUGGAGAAUCCCUGAGCUUCACUGAAGAAGAAAAGGAGAGUGCGAACGAUACUCCUUCCCUCAAAGCUCAUAAUGGAAGUAGAAGUUCAAACCCCUUUAUUUCAGAAAGGGGAAAUAUAAACAUGGAUGCCUCCAAAUCAGGUGAUCAUUAUUCUAAAUCAUCAGUUCCUUAUGGAAACCAUAGCGGAAGCCAUUUUAGUAAUAAAGUUCCAGCUGGUGGUUUUGAUGCAAUUCCAGAAACUGAAAGUAUCGUAGAAAGAGAAUCAGAAUCAAGAUCUAGCAGGUUCAGUUUAAAUGUUAAACCACAUGAAUACUCAAGAGACGGAUUGCUCGUAUCUCUAAACCAGAUUUGUGAAUCCCUUGUCAAAGACACAAAAGCAUUAAUUGGAGGAAAUAUAAAUAGCAAAUCAGCAAAUAUUAAUGAGCUAGAGAUGAAAUACGAUUUAGAUCACAUUAACAGGACUAGAUCAAGAGUUCCUCAAAAAGAUUCACAAAAGCAGAUUAUUCAAAAGCUUAUUGGAAGAUUUGAAAUAUUUGAACAGGAAUAUAAACCCCUAUGGGAGAAAUCAAUAGAAGCUCUUAAAUCUAGUUUAGAGGUUGGGCUUAAAAAUUCCACUGAAAUAGAUAGAUCUCAAACUGAUAACUAUGAAAGAAACCAUGAACAUAACUAAAAAAGAAUGAAGAGAGAAUUGGUGCAUAUUGUUUAAACUGA